AUGCGGCAGCAGGUGACGACAGCCGUGCUGCUGUUCGCCUUCGUCGACGUCUCGCUGUCGACGUUGAUGACGACCACAGCCGAAUGCGCCGAUAGACAUAUCUUCUCGGAUCGACCGAGUGCAGGUACACUUGAAUCACCGGCAUUUCCCACACCAUAUCGUUCCGGACUUUCAUGUUUGUUCAACAUAUCGACCGUUCCAUCAAAUGUGAUACAUCUCACAUUUCUAUCAUUCGAUCUUGCUGAAAACUACAGAAAUAGUGGUCAAUGCUUGGAAGCUUAUGUAUUGGUCAUCGUCGUGGAUCGACAAGGUAAAGAGCAUAUCGGUAAUCGACUAUGCGGUACGACGGUACCGGCAAAGAUCGAGACCAUGCAACCAACCGUGCAUGUGCAAUUUGUCACUACCGCUCCUGGUCGACAUCAUCGUGGAUUUAGGCUUAGAUAUGAGAUCAUUUCAGAAGCCCUAAUAAAGCAACCCCCUUCAUUUGUUCCGGAUGAUGAGAAAAUGUUCGAACAUCAGUGCGGGGGAGCAACAACUCCUGGCCAAUUAACAGGUGAAAUCGUGUCACCUGGUUAUCCUGACACGUAUCCACGUAACGUCACCUGCUAUUGGUUGAUUCGGGUCGAGCCACGACAAAGAGUCUACAUCCGUUUAGCACAUCUUCACCUUUCUGCUACCAUCGCGGAGUGUGAGCGAGCGUCGUUAUCGAUCAUUGAUGGCUAUAAGCACGACGGAAAUGUGGUUAAGAAGGACAUUAGUGCUGACGCAUCCGAAGCACGGUUUUGUGGUAGUCAGCUGUACUAUAUGGAAGAAGGCAUGAAGAGUUACUUGUCCAGUGCUAACCGAUUGCUUGUAAGAUUGAACACCAAGGAUAGGCCAUCGUUAUCCACUGCUGGUCAACGAGUUGGAUUCAAGUUGGUGUGGACGGCCGUAGAAGGUCUCUUUGAUGAAACUCCACCUGGCUCAUCAGCUCUGUCGACAUCGAAACGCAAAGAGGAUUCGGAUUCGAUUCACUACGGGACCUGCACCGAAUUUACUUGCAAAGGGGGCCAAAUAUGCGUAGAGCAGGAUCAAGGUGUUUGCGUGACGCGACCGCAGCUCUGUAUACAUUCAUCGCUGGUCUGCAAUGGUGUGCAAAAUUGCGUCGAAGGAGAUUACAGCGAUGAACAACAUUGUUACUCCCGUGAGAUUAUCGCUGGUUCGGUGGCUGGUUUUGUGGGACUCCUGAUCGUUGUGUGCAUAUGCGUUUGCUGCGACCAAGUCCGUAAAAGACGACGAUUACGGAAAAUGAUGCGUGAGCGACGUGCGGUAGCGAACGGCAAGACGCAACGCGCACUUCGCACCGAUGUCUACCUGAAUCAUGACGCUGGCGGCUUGGAUCGCGGCGAUCGAAGGCAGCGAUCCUUUGAUCAACUCGAUCGCAUGCCGCGAUUCUCGCGCAGCGACUUGGACUCUCUGCCGCCAAUGCGACUGAAUCGUGGACUUCCACCACGUGCACCUCGAUGA